CAGGACGGUCCACUGUGCCCAAACUGGGAUGGAUCAGAACGAAAUUGCCCCCUCUUUCGCUACGUUGUUAUCAAUAAGGUUUUCAUAUCAGAACAUAUUGGACGAAACGCAUUGACACUAAUCUGUAUGUGGUAGUCCAGUUAACUUGAAAACUUUGCUCCGUGAACCGAGAUGGGACCUCCAAACUCCAGAUCCAGCUUUGAGUGGGCUGUGUGUCUCCGCAUGAACCCUUUCAAAGACCCAAUGAUGUGAUCCAGCGACUGUAUGAAAGAACCUUUUUCACUUUUGAUCAGCGUGAUUAGGUGCUAAUCUUCCAAAGCAAGUCGGAUUUCUUAAAUGUCACUGUUCAAGUACUGAUAAUAAUGUUUAGAAAAAAACUAUUUUACACGUAGUCACGAAGUAUAUCCUCCAUCUUGCCUAUUCUCCUGCCUUGGUUUCCUUUGCUCUGCAUGUGGAGACGCCAUGGCUUAGCUUUCGGUGCUAGCUAGUCCCUCCCAAAAAGCGCUAGCGGGGUUAGCUGUAUGUAUUUGCCUGCCAACGCGCUAGCCGCCAUUUCAUUCUCCGAGGGAGGAGACGAGGAGUGCGACUUUUAACAGUGACGUGGACCCUGCACAAUGGUGAAAAUAUUCAUUGGGAACUUGUCCCCAGACACCACAUCAGAUGAACUUCGCUCUCUCUUCUCUCAGUAUGGCAAGAUUGCAGAAUGCUCAAUUGUCAAGAACUUUGGCUUUGUGCACAUGGAUGACAAAACAGAGGCAGAGGAAGCCAUCCGCAAUCUCCACCAGUAUGAGCUGAAUGGCCAGCCUAUGAACGUGGAAUUAAGUCGUGGCAAGUCAAGGGGAUCCACCAAACUGCACGUUGGCAACAUUGCCUGUACCAACCAGGAGCUGAGGGCCAAGUUUGAAGAGUUUGGCGCUGUGUUGGAGUGUGACAUAGUAAAAAACUAUGCUUUUGUUCACAUGGAGAGAAUGGAGGAUGCCAUGGAAGCCAUUAAUCAGUUAGACAACACAGCUUUUAAAGGCAAACUGAUGAGCGUGAAGCUUUCGACUAGCCGCCUGCGUACUGCGCCGGGAAUGGGAGACAGAUCGGGUUGUUAUCGUUGCGGGCAGGAAGGCCACUGGUCCAAAGAAUGCCCUCUUGACCAAAAUGGCUACCACGGUUCAGAGCCAAAGUCUGAUGGAUACGAUGCCUCGAGAUUUGGCGGGCGGGGUCGCAGCAGGGGUUAUCAUCCGGACUUCAGUGGCGAACCAGAUUACGGUGGCAGCUAUGCUCCUGUGCACGGUUUUUCCCGAGGUUCCGGUCACAGCAGCAACAUGGCAGGGUACAGAAGAGGUGCAGGCUAUGAGGGUGCAAUGAGGUAUGGGCCACACCCGGGGUAUGGUGUAAAUGCUGCUGCAGAACAUAGCAUGGCUCAGAUGUAUGGCGGCGAGGCAGCAUACAGGGGCAACGGCUCACUCUAUGGCGCGUUCCCAGCCUACCCGGUGCGACGGUCGCCUUACGAGGAAAGAGAUCCGUACGGGGUUGUGGACUACUACGAGAAGUACAGGGCCAAUACUUACGGAGGCAGUUAUUUCGAGGAACGCCGCGCUGUCCCCUUGCCUGCUCCAGCAGCGUCCUCCUCCACGGCUAUAAUGAGGGAGCGUCUGCCUCCCUCUAAUGUCAACCCAUACGAGCGCCCUCCCCUCCCUCCUCCACCAGCCCCAGUCUCUUCAUACUACGCACGUGACCGGAGUCCGAUUCGGAGAGUUGCUGCCGAAGCAGAUGGAUAUACAUAUGAGCGUUCGCGCCUUUCUCCGGUGACCGCCCUCCCAAGAAGUUCUACCUAUGAAAAUCCGCGGGAUCCCGGCGCGGAGCGGGCACGGUAUACAUACUAGUGCUUGUCCCAUGCAGUCAGGGCAGAGCUGAUUUACAGUAAGCAGGUAGGCUAGCCGAAGUGCCAUGUAAACGUCACACAGUGAAUCUCAUUGCUGUUGUUUGAAGCUAAAGUCAGCGCUCUGUAUGUGGGUGGGUGGGCACAGUAAGCAGAACAUUUAAGUCUAAAUGGUUGGAUACAUUCACAAUAUGCUUUGAUCUUCUUCCAGGUCCUAAUUCACACUCCAGUCCAAACAGUGGCUCAGUUUCCCAUCUCUCAUUGUCUUGUAACACGCU